AACGACUACACAACGAGGAAGUUCAACGGGAUCCUGAUUUUACACACCAACUUUCUGACUGCAUUCCAGCUCGAUCUUUUGUCAAGACAACUGCAACUUGUGCAUCGACUUCUACUAACAAUAACAACCAUUGCGCCGAUGCCUCUCUACAAUCAAACGACUCUUCUAUGUUUGGUGAUGAUAUCCCAUCAGCUCUUUUGGAUGAAGUACUCAAUGUGUCCCAGAAGCAACCACCAGCACCAAUAGCGAUGGAUCACGUACAAAAUGAAGCAAACAUCAUGAUUGGACACUUACCGCAACAACAACAACAGCAGCAGCAGCAGCAGCUUCAACAAAAACAACACGACGCUAGUAGUAUCAAUAAGGAAAACUUCAAUUAUGACGAUGAUGACGACAUGUUUGGAGACGAUAUUCCGAUUGAGGACCUUGAAGAACAACUUGGAAUGGGUCGCGAUAUAUCCGUUCCUUCUGGAAGUGGACUACCUACAAUCAAUCGAGAAGGCCUGGAUGCUACGCUUGAAACCAAAUUCGAAACCUCUGAUUCAUGCUCAAAUAUUAAAGAUACAGCAACUGGUCAAAGAAAUAACUCUAGAUCAAGAUAUCAACGGUUUAUCAUUGUUGCUACCCGUUUGAAAGGAUACAUGGUCGAUGAUUCUCAACGAUUGGAAAGGGAAUUACUUCUUGUGGGUGAAGAACAUGAACAAGUUACCAAAGCAUAUUUGAGGCAAGAUUGGCUUCAUAUACGGGUGGCUGAAGGUGACGCUAUCAAUAUUGUUUUCACCAAUCGAAAUGGUCAUACGAAGAAUAAUUGGAUUAUCGAUAAUGAACAAAACUACCUUAUUCAUCAUCCAGAUCAUCUGAUCUCCUGUACAGCUGUGGCCGAAAGUUUUUUUUGUCUACGGAAAUCAGUACUUCAAAUGACUUCCAAAAGUAUCUCUGAAGUUAGCGAACCAUUGAUCCACGGUGCUAUCAUACAUGAAACUCUCCAAUAUUGUUUGAAACAGAAAGAUUUUACGACGACGGCCAUCCAAAAUGCCAUGAAAACUAUUAUAAAAUCGACCUUGGAUCCUUUAUAUGUAAUUGGACAAGAUGAAACAACCACAUAUGAACUUUUGACACCCCACAUUACAAGUAUACAAACAUUCGGAUCUAUCUAUGUUAGGCAAUACCCUAUACCUGCUGCUACUAUCAAGAGGGAUAUUGGACCAUCUGAUACGGAAUGUUCAUCUUUGGCGAUCCGUGAUAUUCUGGAUAUUGAAGAACACAUAUGGAGUCCUAUUUAUGGUUUGAAAGGGAUGAUUGAUGCUACUGUGGAAAUGAUCUUGGCUCCCAACAACAAGGUGCUGACCUUACCUUUUGAACUCAAAACUGGAAGGGCAAGUAGGCUCAUUAGUCAUCGUGCUCAAACUAUUUUAUAUACAUUAUUGUUAGGUGAUCGUUAUGAUUUUGAUGUCAAUGUCGGUGUGCUAUAUUAUUCCAAAACCAACAGUCUUUAUAUGGUACCCGCAAGUCAAUCUGAAAUAAGAUCUUUGAUUAUCGCAAGAAAUGAACUGUCAGCAGCAUACCAGCGACAAGCAACAGCAUUACCACCUAUGAUCAAGAACUUUCAUUCUUGUCAAUAUUGUACAAUGAAUGAUGCCUGUACGCUCUACCACAAGACAGUUGAGAGUGGAUCAGCAAUGACAAGUGGACUAGGACAAUGGUUCAAUGAUCAUACCGACCACAUCAAUGACAAGGCGGCCAUAUUUUAUCGACAGUGGAUUCAGUUAAUUUCUUUGGAGGAACAGGACUUGGACUAUCUCAGAAAAGAUAUUUGGAAUGAUUCAGCAAAAGAACGAGAAUUAUCUGAUGUCUCAAGAACAUGAUGAUUGUGACCACUCAAAACAACGAUAUAUUCGACGACCUGUAUACGUUUGAAAGGGAUCAAAAUGAUACUGACUGCAUACCUCUUUUGAGUACUGGCAUCAUGGUGGGUGAUAACAUUGUGAUUUCUUCUAUGGAAGGCGACUUACUUUUGGGAACAGGAAUGGUGACGCACUUGAAUGUCAAGACUAUUAGCAUCAGUUUGACAGCACCUUUACGACAUUCACCACGAAAAGAUGUGGAUUUUGAUCAAGACAACCGACAGGUUUUCAUCAAACGGGAAGCAACAAUGAACAAAAAGCAACAAUAUCAGAAUAUCAGAUAUCGAUUAGAUAAGGACGAAGCAGCUGUUGGAUUUGCAUUGAUGAAAUCCAAUCUAGUGACCUUGAUGACAAAAGAUUCCAAUUCUUCGGCAUUAGAUGACACUCGCAGCAAAC